GAGCGCGUCACGACCAAUACGGUUGUCGCGCAUAAUAGAUAAUCAAUGUGCAUCAAAUCCAAAUCUCCGUUACAUUGCUUGUACAUUUGCAAUUUCGUCUCAACAAAAUGCUUUUGGGGAUACGGAAAUUCAGGGGGAAAGUGGUUUGAUUCGGGUUUGCAGCGUAGAAGACCUUCGCGUGAUGCGUGACUGAAUGGAAGGAUCAAAGAUAUGGGGCUGUGAGAACAACCUUUGCGUGAAAAAGAGACCCACGAAAUCGUCGUAUCGACGACGUGAGGAUUCGCGCGAGAGGAGCGAAGGACUUGGUGGCGGGGGUCGGUGUAAGAACAUGUCCGAAAUGAACAGUUAACGAGCAUAUGGACAAGAAAAUGUAGGCUCCAGAUUACGAAUCGAAAACAAAAAGAGGAGGCUUUACAAGUAGUUAGGGUCGUGUAAGGUGGGAAAAAUUGCAGUGCUAGCAGUGGAAACCACGGUCAGAAAAGUGGAGAGCUCAGAACGUGUUGCGGAGCAUGACCUACGAAUACUCCACUGUUUAUCAACCCGAGAAAGAAGGAGGGGGUGUUGAUAUGUUGAUGGUAAUCGUAGCAGGGAUGGUUGAUUGAUAGAUAAGUGAGUCACAAAGACUCACGACCAAGACAAGGUUAAUUUGAACGCUGGAGCCUGUCGCUGCAAAAGUUCUGGGCCACCAGCCAGGAAAACAAGUGACCGUUACUGGUAGAGAAGAAGUAUACUGGAGAUGACAGGCUCUAGGCUAUGGAAACGGGACCUAGCCGCAAUAUGUCAGCACUCUCAGAGUGGGUCGAUGAGUUUACCAGUGAGAAGUUCUCCUCCAUUCCCUUCCUCACGUAAACACUUCUUCUCGACAUCCGACCGAGUCAAAGAGCCUGUUCCUGUAAGAGAACAGGAAAUGAAAGGACCGGAUGGGAUUGAUAUAAAUGGUGACCAUGACUUGAGUGAAAGAUUGGAGCUGAGCCGGAACGACUGCGGACGGUGAGUCGAGGUCCCCUACAUCGCUGUUUACUACCACCGACAGAAGAUUCCUGACCGAAGAGGAGCAGAUUCAGGGCAGAGUGACGGACCCUGCAUUGCAUGAAAAGAACAACAACUGUACAGGAUGUGACUGUUGAUUGUAGGAACUUGAGCUCCGGUUCCAAGCACGUGAUAGGCAGCCAAAGAGAUUACCAUUCAACAAAUUCCUCUCCGACUAAGAUGCAUGCAGAUCCGCUUUCUAAUCCUAUCGGCAAAAUCUAGCGGCUAUAUAUAAACCCAAACGACGCAAUGGACUUCAAUUUUAAUUCUUCUCCCACUUCAGGGAAUGCACAAGAAUUCCCCGCCUCGUUACAGCUCGUCUAAGCCUUUAAAGCGAGGGAAAGCUUGUUUAACUUGCAGGUUUCUAAAGAUUAAAUGCGACGGUGCGCGACCAAUAUGUGGUCCGUGUCAGCGCCAUCCCAAAGACGAUCCUUGCGAAUUUGCCGAUGGUCCCGGAAGGUCGAGGACGAGGGUACUUGAGGACACAGUUUCUCGGCUGGAAGCUCGUUUGCGAGAAUACGAAAAUCCAGACGAGACACCCCCGGUGGCACUUCACAAUCCAUAUUCGUCGGCCACAUUGUCAGAAGAUCGAAAUCUCCACCUUGCAGUACCCUCGAUACCGUUCCUGAAAGGGGAGCCGCUUUCAAGUCAGGCCAGCCCUUCCUCCCCUUUCGCCUCCCUGUCACCCAUAUCUGCACCAAGUCCCCCAUCUGGAAGCUCCACAGUGCGUACUGGUUCCUCAAGGUCACCAGGAGUAGAAUUAGAGGAACCCUCGUUGCCUAUGAUCCGACAUUUGCUCGACACGUUCUUUGUUCACAGUUCCACUUUCGGAUUUUUCCUGAACACAUCACGAAUCUAUUCCUCAACCCUCGUCCAAAAACCUUUGGGUGACCCUAGCAGGCCCACCCCCGGCCUUCUACGCACUGUCUACCUUUUAGGCGUCCACCUGUCCACCGCUCUUCAGCCUGGUGAAGCACAUUCAGGUCAAGAGCACCCCAUGUUACUCCUCGCUUUGCGAGAGACCGCCACGGAUCUUACCACCACACAUCCCCAACGGUUUAUCCACACAAUCCAGGCAGAGACCCUUCUUUCCUAUUACUUCUUCCGAACGGGUAACAUCAUUGAGGCUAAACGGCAUGCAUCUAGUGCAGCCUCGGUCGUACUCGCUUGUGGGUUCCAUAGAGUCCACUCGUCCAGUAGUUCGACUUGGGGAUCUAGCUCCAGCCCGGUCGCGGUCGGACCGACUGGUUCUACGCCACUCCCUGAGUCAAAAGAUGCUGUGGAGGAAGGCGAGAGGAUCAACGCAUUUUGGACGGUCUUCACGCUCUAUCGAAAUUUGGCCGCUGCUGUCAAUUCAGCAUCGGAUGUGUGUGGAGUGUUUGAUGCACCCGGCAUGCAGGUAGAUACGCCGUUUCCAUUAGAUAUGGAAAGUUAUAAAGAGGGUGUUCUACCGCCAGCAGGUACUUCUACAGUAUGGAACUACCUAAACCAUGUGCCAUCCCUCAAUGAAGAGUACGAAAGAUCGCUGAACACGUUUGUCGUCAAGACUUCGCUUUUAUUCCAUCAAGCCGUCUUCCUUGCUGCGCAAUAUAAUCCUGAUAUAUCACAGAAAGACUCUCAGACCUUUAUUGCCGCUUUCCAGUCUCUUAAUCAUUUAUUGGAGACUACUAAAGCCCAGUUAGGCCCUCUCCCUACUGAUACCAUGAACCCCUCGACGAGGUCGCUGUACCUAUCGCACUCGUUGUUGUAUGGAGCAACAAUCAAGCUUCACGGUAUAUUCUCAUACUCCGACACAGCCUCCAGACAGGCGUGUGUGGAUGCAGCGAAGACCAUGCUUAAGUCAAAAAGUAAUGGUGGUAUAGACACGCAACAGUUGGGUAUUGUCAAUCCUAUCAUGGGGACUUUAUGGACCCUUGCAUGCCAAGUCCUCAUCGAAGAAGUCGUUCGCAUACGUCAAGGAUGGCCUGGGGAAGCUGAAUUCCUUUUGACACAUUUACACGAGGGAUUUUCGGCCCUAAGCUUCUUCUCCGCCUCGAGCGACUUGAUGAGUGAGUACUCUUCAAAGAUUAGGAAACUAUUAUACGAUUAUCGGUCGGCGAUGAGUGGCUAUCAGUUUAAAGAAAGCAUUUCUCCAUCUCAAACCCCAAGUUCUAUGGUAGGACCGACUGGGAACUAUAAUUCUAAUUGGAGCCCAGAAAGCGAACCCUCGUCUUUGGAGGGCGAUGACUCGGAACACGGUAGCAGUGGCGGAAAUUUUCAACUUCAUAGCCAGACUUCGUCUCCCGUUCCCCACGAGCCGUUUUCUGGAAUGGCUGGGUACCCCGACCACCAAUAUUAUACCACUCCACGAUACCAGUAUACUCGAGACCAUUAUAACCAGCAAGGACAGUCGCCGUACGAGCGCAACCCGCCGUACACCGGUCACAGUGUACAUACCACCCCAUCUCCGCCUGGACCACCAUUCACGUCAUACACAUCUGCCUCCACAGCUUUCUAGGUUCCUAGCAUACCCCACUCAGUUGUUGGACUUCUUUACGUUUGGACAUUCAUGCUUUCGUUAAUGCAUUUGGAACACUUGUACCUAUAGUAAUAACAAUCAUCUGUACUUUUUUCUUUUGAGCUUCCGUUCAUUUCUGGCUCUCAUCGUCGUAUUUUUCUCACCCAUUCAUUUCAUUACCCUCUUACUUUACCUCCCGCUCCUCAAAAUUAGUUUAUAUGGACCUUCUCGGAAGCCGAAGGUUGUACUUAUUUACGCUCUCUCUUUACAUAGAAUAAUCUGUAGCAUAAGUUUCCCCUGGUACUAUAUAUUGAGACAGACGUUAAUCUAAUGCGACACAAAUGCGAGUUCAGCAAGACGCUGCCCGA